ACACACUGUACACCGUCAAGUCCUGUGGGAGUCUUAUUCGAGCGACCCAGCCGCGCACGGAGGCUCCGGUCGCAGUCUCGAUAUUUCCAGCCACUUUCUGUUUCGCGGAGGAGGGCGCGGGAAGAUGACGAUGUUCCACUUCUUCAAUUGCGCCAUCCUAACGUUCGGCCCUCACGCCGUCUACUACUCUGCGACGCCGCUGUCCGAGUAUGACACAAUUGGAACUUCAGUGAAGGCUGCUCUUGUUUAUCUAGGAACAGCGUUGGUGAAGCUUGUUUGCCUUGCAACUUUUCUCAAGGUACCUGAGAAUGAUAGCUUUGACCCGUAUCAGGAAUUAUUGAAAGCCUUGAUAGGUCUUAUAGAUGUUGCUGGGCUUUACUUUGCAUUAACUCAGCUGACUCAUAGGAACAUUUCCCAGAAUCAUAAGUUUCAAGCUGUGGGACUUGGAUGGGCAUUUGCUGAUUCUAUCUUACACAGGCUAGCUCCUCUUUGGGUUGGAGCCAGGGGCCUGGAGUUCACGUGGGAUUACAUCCUACAAGGGCUUGAGGCAAAUGCAAAUCUGGUGCUGACUCUUUCACUUGCUGCAUUAGGAUCCUUGAUGUGGCUCAGGAAGAACAAGCCAAAGGCACUAAUCCCCAUCAUAUAUUUAUGUUCUGGGAUGCUUGCCACCAUGCCAUCUAUAACUAGCUAUCUGAGACGAAGUCUGGGGUGGCACUUUCCCAAGGUAGUGGGCUUCGAGAUAUUCUCUUCCAUUUUGAUGGCAUUCAUCAGCUGGCAGUUGUUCAGUGCCUGCCAGAGACCUUCCACUUGAUAAUCAAGUGAAUAAUACAUGGUUUUGCUGCUUGCGUGGAGCCCUCUUCCUGUCGUUGUCAUUCUUGCGUACAGAGAGUUAAGCCAUCGACAUUCUUUCUUAAUCUGUAACCAUUUGUAUCUGGAAGGUUGCUGCAUAUACCAAGAGCUGCUAGUUGUAUCAGUAAAAUCAAUACUGCUUCUUAUUCAACACAGACAUGCCGCUGUGCAUAUGACUUUUGUCCUUGGAUCAACAAUUUUGGUGAGGCGUAGAAAUCAGUCAGUGUGGUUAACUUUUGAUUC